AUCAGUGGAUCUGUGGGAGUUCUGGUACCAUUUAGUUCACGUGAAGAUCAUGAUUUCUUUCAACAUCUUGAAAUGCAUAUGAGAAGUGAAAAUCCACCACUUUGUGGAAGAGAUCAUUUAAGUUUUAGAAGUUACUACUUCCCUGUCAAGAAUGUUCUGGAUGGAGAUUUGUGUGAGCAAUUCAAUUCCUUGGAGCCAGCGAAGCAAAAAAGUAUUGCUGGGGAUUUGGAGAGGAAUCCUAGUGAAGUUUCUAAGAAAUUGGAAGACAUAAGAACGCACUAUGCUUUCUAAUCUUAUUGUCGACUUGUACUACCUUACUGUGUUAACAAAUGUAAUUUUUGUCUACAUUUUGAAACUAUUGUAUAUAUUAAAUUUUA